AUGCUAUCACCUCGUUUACCUCGAUUUAGGCCAAAGCUUUUACCUACAUCCCUUCUUACCUUGACUGUCUCGGGUACAGCACUUUACCUGGUCCAACGUGAAAGAGAAAGACAAAAACUUCAACUCGAUUCAGGUCGUGACUCAAGCCAUCCAGCAAAUAGACGUGUACCGAUCUUAUGGAAUCCACCUAGUCGUCAGGAGGUCAUCAGUGCUCUCAAAGAUAACCGAUUGAUCAGUCGAGUAUCUACUUCUAAUGAUCGAUCAACCAAGGAUACCGAUGAGUAUGACUUACUAGUCAUUGGUGGUGGUGCCACUGGUGCUGGUGUUGCCCUUGAUGCGGCUAGUCGUGGUUUAAAGGUCGCUUUGGUCGAACGUGAUGACUUUAGUAGUGGAACCAGUAGCAAGAGUACCAAGCUUGUACAUGGUGGCGUUCGUUAUCUUCAAAAGGCCGUCUUUGGAUUGGACUAUGAACAAUAUAAAUUAGUUCGAGAAGCGCUACAUGAACGAAAGACUUUUUUACAUAUCGCACCUCAUCUCUCACUUCAUCUUCCGAUCAUGUUACCAGUUUACAAAUGGUGGCAAGUUCCUUAUUAUUAUGCUGGUUGUAAGAUGUAUGAUCUACUCGCUGGUUCAGAAAAUAUGGAGACAAGUUAUUUGGUCGGAAAGGGUAAAGCGUUGGAAAAUUUUCCAAUGUUGAAAUCUGAUGGUCUUUGUGGAGCAGUGGUUUAUUAUGACGGCUCACAUAAUGACUCGAGAAUGAACAUGGCUCUCGUCAUGUCAGCAGUGCAUCAGGGGGCCGUGGUGGCAAACCACAUGGAAGUGGUUGAAUUGGAUAUUGCAUCUGCUGCAAAAGAAGUUUCUUUAUCAAAUACAUUACAAAGGUUUUUAAGUGCUGAUUCACAAGGAUCUAUUGAAUCUCAACAACAACAACAACCUGAUCCAGUUGGACCAUUUGCUAAGGAAAGUUCUGGUAAAGAAUCGGAACAGAAUUCUUCGGCUGUUUGGAGUAGAUCAAUUCCAGUUGAAAGAUCAGGUGGUGGUACAUAAAGUAUCGAAAAAAGGAAAAAACAAUCUAGUGAUUUUAAAUCUUAUUAUCAAUUAUAUGUAUCCUUGACCAGCAUUUUUUUUUAGAAACCCCUAUUUUUAUUUGUUCCCUUUCUCUCUCUUUUUUACUCUCUUUUAUUGAUUUUAUCUUAUUGAUUUUUUUUUUGGUAUUCAUUUGAUUUUAUUAUUCUUCAUGUUUUAAACACAACAAAAGUAGAGGAGAGUUUUUUGUCUUUCUUGGUUUUGCAAGUUUAUGGGUUGGUUGCCUUUUUGGCUGUG